AUGUUGGUCACCCAUGUUUUCGUAGCUAUGGUAGCGAGCACAGCGACCUGGGCUUGGCUAGGAAUUCUGGACGAGGUUGUUGGCAAAGUUGAAUCGAUCGCUCAUGAGCCAUCCUACGUUCCAGAAUUCUUGCGAAACAAGCUUGCUCAUGCUGGUGUCAAGCUGCAACCGCCUGAUCGAUCAGCUUCAUCAUCUACAACAGUACCGGUGCGUGGUUUGGUAUCUGUGCGUGUUGGUGCAGCUUUUGAUGCAGCAUCGAGAGGAGCAUGGUCUAGGGAGGCAUUGUUUCUUCAGCGUGCAGUGUACAAAGGCGCUUUGGAUGGGCUCAUCGAUGGAAUGAGAAUAAGCGCUCUGGAGGCAUUCGGCUUGCACUGUCUGGCAAAGGCGGGGGCGCCUGAUGGGCAAGUGCAGCCUGUGAGCAGCGUGUUGGAACCAGCCGAGAUUGCAUCAUUGGACUUGAGCCAGUGCCCUUGUAUCUUGUUGCCGAAUUUUUUGUUUCAACUGGUCAAAGCAGGUUUGUGGAAAGAGGUGGUAGCUUUGGCUCGAUGGUCGCACCCAGAAGUGCCAUCACUAUCCCAGGGUUUGCCGGAGGAUUGGGUGCGAUUGAAUAAAGGCAAGUCAGAACAACCCAGGCAGCCUGCAAUUCUGUCAGAGAGAAUGGCAGGUCUUUGUAGUUCACUAUUGCGUCGUGCCACACCGCACUUGCUUUCUGAAGAGAUGGACGAGGAACUUGCAGCUGGUGUACAGGGUGAGGUUGACAUAUGUAUCAAUGCAUUGGAAAGUCAUGCUUUAUCCAUGAUGCCUUCUCGUCGGGGACUUCGGGAUCAAUCGAACAGUCGAAGUGCAGAGUGCUUGCUAGCUCAAGUUUUGGCAGCGAUGGAUUUGCGUAAUCAGGGACAUUUCAAACGUCAUGCCAUGAAAUUUUUGCGCUGUGUGCCAGCAGACUUGCAAGAAGUGUUGCGAGUCCACUUCGAGAAGCACGGGGCGAGCCAGAGCGCAGUGGUUCGCGGAGGCCUCUUUCUGGAUCUUGCUCUUUUGUGCGAGCAUCGUUCGCGGAUGGCGCGGUUGGGGCCGGUGGUGCGAUAUGCGUGGGGGGAUGCGACCAGCAAAGGCGGCCGAGAAAUCUACAACACACGAUGUCGUUUCAUAGAAUUAUCAAAAGUGGUUGAGCUCGCACGUGGCUGGAGGUUUUUGUGCUUGAACCUAGCUUCGGAUGAUCAAGAUUCAGAGCAAGCAGAGCAACGUUGUGUUCAUUCGCAGGCAUUGUUUGACAAUGUUCAUUUACACACACAUGUCCCUCAAUACCUCGGCCAAGGCCGCACGACGUUGCUGGACAAAGUCAGUGCGCAUGUACAUUCCACACUUCUGGAAGCUGGCACAGUUUCUGCGAUGUCGGAUGUGCUAAAGAGCGUGGUGGCAUGGGUCACUGAUAUGGGUGUAGAAGCUGGUCUUCCAAACUGUCAUGUGAGCACUCCAGAGUCAACCUUGCCAUCCUUUGUUCGUCCCAGUCGACUUCAGGUGUGUCCAGAGGAUGCCGAGUUUGUUGAAGAAGGGUUCUAUGAGAUGCAGGGAGAGGCUGCCUCGAAUGCUGCCCUGAUGCCAGCAGCCAUUCAUCUGCCAGGCGUGUGUCAUGCCGUUCACAAUGCAAGUGCCAACUUGAACUCAGCAUUGUCUUACUUCGAUGAUUUUCUGAGCAAGCUGCGUGUUGUACACAAGUUCUUGGGAUCACCAAGUCGAAGAGACCGUUUUGUAGAGGUGGUUUUGCAAGGCAAGCCGAGUUACGAUGUCGGUAAGAGUCUUUUCAAAUCGUUUACCAAGACACUGUAUGAGGAGCGAUGGGGCGAAGUGGCCUCGUAUUUGAAAUCUGCACAAUCUCUUUUCACUUUUCUGAGGUUACAUUGGGAUGAGGUUGCGUAUGUCCGGGAUGCGGGCGAUGCGGACGUCGCAAGUGCAGAAGAUAACUUCACAGCAGGUGGUUUGACAGCGUUGAUAAAAGACGGGUUCUUCCAUGCUUACUGGGAGAUGCAGCUACACAUCCGCCUUUGUUUGCAGCGGUUUUUGCGUUGGGCUGAAGGCUGUUCUUGCCAUCCUUUUGCAGAUGGCACCCCGCACACCCGAGAGACGAAACUGCGAGGUGAAAUUUCUUGCCCACGUGAGGUAUCUUGCACCUGCCCCAUGAUGGGCUGCCAAGCGCCAUUCCUUGUUGAGGGGAAGCUGCAAAGUUUCAGGGAAGAGCUGCUGUCCACGGGUUUUAACGAUGUAGUGUUGAACUGCCAUUGCCAGUUGACUGCAGUGCAGUGGAGUGAUCUGGAAGCUGAGUGGAAGCGUGGGUGCCAGUACUUGUGUGAAAAUCUCAAGCUGCGGCUGGCUUUUUUCGGGAAGCUGCCGUGGUCCAUCUUAGGGGGUUGCCAUCCGGAUCCCGAGGUGUCAAGGAGAUUGCUUGCUGCCGCCAGGGAUGCAUGGAAUGAGUUGCCAGCCGAUUCCCACGAGCUGCAGCACCCAGUUGCUAAAGAAUUGUUCGCGUCUAGCCUCAUGGAGGAGGAACUUGGCUCUUAUUUGUCAAGGGAAUCAGCUUUGGAGGACUUGCCGCUUCUAGAGACAUUCUUGGCGAAGCUUACCUUUGUGCAAGUGGCAGAGCGUAUCAUAGAAGGUGCACACAAGGAAAUGGGCAAGGUGACUAAUUCCAAAAGCCCAUCUGCACUGUCGAUAGCACUUCGGGCUCCUGAGUUGAAUCGCAGGUUGUCUCUCAGCUCAACUUUUUUUGCUGAUCUUGUUGAGGCUUUUGAGAAGACUCGAAAGAUUCGUAAGUUUCGCGAAGAGUUUCCUGCCCAUGCCCAGCAUCCGGACAUCUUAUCCUUGGACAAGAAAGCUCAAACGUCGAAGUUCGUUUCUGUGGUGAGACAUGUCCUCUAUCGUGACCCGCGUCACCAGCAUGCCGACCUUUCGACUGCCAAAACAAAUCUUCAACAGGGACAAAAGGAACAGGAUAGGCUAGCCAAGCCUUUCGCUGCAGCAGCUCCCAAGGCGUCAGAGGCAACAAUCAUUGCCCGUGCUGUCAGUGCGUUCGUGCAGGAAAGUUGCGAGGAAGAUCAGUCUCGUGUUUUUUCGAUUGGAGACAUGUUCUUCACACCUCUUGUAUUGCGGCCAUCAGCUAUUCGUCGGCCAAGGCAUGCCCCGGGGGUCCAGGCCGAUGUUGGUCGCGGGGAUAUGUUGGUGUCUGUCCUGCAACACGCAUGCGGCGUGGCGGAGCAGUCCAAGGGUGGCUGGAUUCUUUCUGUAGAGGGCAUCCGCAAGUUGCAGGUUAGUCGUAGGCUGGAGCAGCCAAGCCUGUUUGGUGACAGCCGUGGCAUCCCGUUGCAGGAUUGCUCGCUUGGCCAGCUUCUUAUGCGAAUGAGGUCAGAAGGUUGGCAGAUGCAUCCCAAACCCAGAGUCAGGAAAGGUAUGGUGUUGAAAUACAUUGUCGGUGAGCCGCGUGUUUGGCAUUCGUCUGUCUUGAAUGUAAACAAAAACUAUCUGUGCUGCUUGUUAGAUGCUGAGAACUUGAAGCACACUCAUGGCACCGAGUGGAUACCGCAUGCCGCCCCGGCCAAGACCUACGAGCUCCUUCUCUCGGGAGUGCCCUCGUCAGAGGCUUUGCAGGCUGCCUUGGAGGAUGUCGCCGCGAAGCGGAAGGCGCCCAGGUUGCAAGUUACGGACGGAGAUGUUGAAGGGGACUUCGCGGCUGCGCCGGUUGGCAAGAGAGCUCGUAUCGCUUUGAAGGACCAGGUUCAGGAUGAUCCGGAAUUAGGCGAGGAUCGUCCAGAUGAGGACAAGGCCAGUAUUUGUACAGAGGAAAUUCAAGAAGAUCUGGAGCGAUUGAUCGCAGAGGCCGACGAGGUCGAAGGUGGGGUUGAAUUGGGUGCAGAGGAAGGUGGUGCUGGUGCGGCAUCCAGUGCUGCCGGGCCUGCCGGGUCCGCUGGAGCACCUGCGGCUCCAGCGCCAGCAGCAAGGUCUUCCAUCGAGAGUGUUCCAGCAGUUCCAGCUGGUGCAGGGAUUAUUGAUGCUGCAAGUGCGGCAAAUGACCUUAGUUCGGCGAGCUUGUUGGCUGGCACUGUGGCUCGCCUUCAAGAGCGUAGCAGUGCAGGCUAUGGUGCUGGCUUUUCCUUCAGCAGGAAGCAGCCCCGCUCUGCUCCACCUUUCGGUGGAGUGGAGGACUUCCUAGCCGACUGCAAUCUUUGCCUGGGUUUGCGUGGUAAGCCGGCUAGAUCGCAGAGCAUGACUGUAACCUUAGCCAAUGCGGUGUAG